AUGGCUUGUUCUUACAGCGGGAAAGCUCUGUUUAUCCGGUCAGUGUCGGCGGUACAGGUGGUAUACUGCCCCGUGCCCUGCACCUGCUCCCUGCAUGGAACACCCUGCGCUGAUGCUUGCAAGACGAAGUGUGAAAACUCGAAACCGAAACAGGUGCCUUCAGCCACUGCUCCAGCCGGCCCUCGUAGAUGUAGCAUCUGCCACGAGGUAGUUCGAGAAAGCAAGUUCUUCGGGAAACGUCGCUUUGGGAUUCUGGAGAACUGCAGCGAUGUGUUCUGCCUGCCUUGUAUCCGGAAUUUCCAUUCCAUUCGCAAUCGCAAGACGCCCCGCCGCAGGUGUUCCGAGGUCAAGCCGGAGCCCGUUGCCUGCCCCCGAUGCGGCGCCCCGUCGAAUUAUAUUCUGUCUAGCCUCUCCUGGGUCGAGGAUCCGGAGCAAAAGUCCAGGCUGUUCCGGGAGUUCCAGGAAAACACGUGGAGCAUUCCGUGCGAGUUCAUGCGGCGUGGAUUCGAGUGCAUUUCGCCAGAAUUUCUACACGAUGGCUGA